AAUUAUCCUCAGCUCUUUAUUACAGUUGCAAUACCUAGAUCGCACCCCUUAGCUACGCAAGCAAGCACGCCUUCGACUUUUCACUCCUACUCCAAACCGCCAAGAUGUUGACAAACCGCCGCUCAACCAUGAUGCUCCCUCCCAACCGCAUACCCAGCUGGCAACCACAAUCCAAACACCUUUCCGCAACCCAAGCACCACGUACAUCCAUUCUAUUCCCCUCGACCACCACUACAACCACUGAGCCCGUUCUACAAAGUCGCACUCCUUCUCUCCUAACAAGCACAACGCCCUCCCUCCCAGGCCACCGCCUCCUCCGCACCCUCGGCGCUGUCCACGGCACCACCUCUGCCGUGCGAAAAGACACCAAAUCCUUCAUAAAGAACAUCGCAGCGAGUUUCAGCGGCGCCUGGGGCGAAGCGAAGAGUGUUACUGGGCUGAUUUAUCAACUAAGGGAUCAGGCGAUUGAUAGGAUGGUCAAGGAGGGGGUUGCGUUGGGUGCGAAUGCGAUUGUGGGUUUGGUGGUGAGGGAGAGUGAGGUUUGUGGGUGUGUGGUUGUUAGUGUGAGUGGGACAGCGUGUUGGGUUGAGAGAGUGGGGGAGAGAGGAGACGAGAGGGACGGUGGUUGGAAGAGGGAUAGUGCGCAGGAUGGGAGCGAGGAUCCAUUUCGGUGAUGGAUACAUGGUGCUGAAGGAGGAUGAGGAGAUGAAAUGCGUUUCCGGUCAUAAUUAUUAAGUGGUGAUGAUUCACUUGUCCAUGGAGCGGG